AUGCUCGAUCAAGCGCUAAGUUCCGCUAGUGACGAAGAAGGACGCGCUAUGAUCGAGGAGGCGAACAUCAUAGAGCGCAACACUGAGUUCAUGGAAGGUGUCGAGAUGGGCGACGAUGUUGACAGCGACCAUAAAGCUGGAAUUCCAAGCGGUGAACGUGCAGCAUGGCUACGCCAUUUUGACAUAAAUGUUGUCUCUCCUGCCAUGGUGAUACAGGAGUGCCUUCCCCUCCUACGGAAGUCCAUAGCGAGCGGGAAAUUGGGCACUGUCGUGAACAUAUCUGGUCGUAAGGGAUCCAUCGAAUUGUGUCCUGGUACCGAACGAGUACACGGAAACUAUGCCUACAUGUGCAGCAAG